AUGACCACAGAAUAUGAAGAAUGCGUCCAGAAGAAAAAAACAUCUCUUAGUGAAACUUCUACUGACACCAUGAUUAUAGAAGUACUAAGCAGAGUGCCCUUUAUCACACAAAGUGAAAUAGCUGAGACACUAGAGCUAAUAGGCUCUGAAAGACUAGAAUCCAUUGCAAAAGAAAAUCCAUUGCUUAUGCACACUGUCUAUGAUAUACUUCUACUUAGGGCAGGACAAAAUGAGAGAGAAACCCGGGAGAUAAAUAGUACAAUUUACACUGACUUUAAUACGCCUUGUACGCCUUAUAAUAAGUGGAGUCAAGAUAUCUUGAAAUUCACAACUCUUGACUUAAAAUCAGCCCAGAAGAUAAGUGCCUUAUUAAAGAGAAAAUAUGCUGACCUGAAGCCAUAUGAUAUUACAGAGCUACUAAGGAAGUUAGAGUACAUGUGCACUGGUACUUCUUUUUCACCACAGGAGAAGAGUCUUUCCCUGGCUCUUCUGAAUAUUGCAGUUAAAGUAGGCAGUCUACCACCUGCUGAAAUUCUAAAUAUAUGUAGUAUUAUGAAGUGCAUGCAAUACGAGUCAGCAGAAAGUACUCUUUUGGAGUACUUUGAAAGAACUGACUUAGUUAUAAAUGAAGAUGCAGUCAGUAGGUUUGUCCAAAUGAAAAAAGUGCAGAGUCACUGGAUGGUCAGGGUGCUUCUGCAAGUGCAUCCAGACCGGGUUAUGAACAUAUUCUAUAAGAUUGAAGAGAGCUUGCAUCACUUCAUCAAAGAAAAAGAUAUUGAGAGAGUUGUUGCACACUUAACCCCUCUAUAUAUGCAUAGUCAGACUGAGGAGAUUGAAGAGUCAAUUUUCAGCAGAUUUAAAGAAAGAGAUAUGCUUAAGAGCAUGUGCAAUGAGCAUAUAUGGAGUUAG